CUUAGGGACGAGAAAAGUAAAGGUUUCCAGAAUGGGAAACGAGAUGGCUAGGUUUAGAAUGGAGGGGCCGUUAAGGGACCUUCUUAAGGCAAAUGGCACACCCUUGAAAGCGAAAAUGGCCCGCUCAUUUUUAAGAGAGGUGGGGGAGGUCGCUCCCUGGUUCCUAGAGGAGGGGCUGCUGAAUAUUCCGCAAUGGGAGCAUUUAGGGGAAGAUCUCAGGCGCAGUCCAAAUAUCGCACCUGGAACUCUUGCCGUGUGGUCUUUGGUGAGGGUCUGCUUACAAUCUACACGAGAGCCCUUAAAGCAAGCAGUGCAACAGGGAGAGGAAGUUUUUGAGCAAGUGAAGGAGGAGUCCCGUAAAGGGUCCUCACGAGACUCCGAUUCCGAAAGUGAACGCUCAGAAGGGCUCUCGGACAGUGAGCUAAAUGACAUAGAAGAAAAGGAGAAAAAUAGAAGGAAGGAAUCACAAGGUCUACAGGCCUUAGAGGAGGUUAAAAAACAGCUUGAGAAAAAAGAGGAAGCACUAAGAAAGGCCAUGGCGGAGUUAAAAUUGCGAGAGGAAGCUGUUGCGCAGUUAAAAUUAAAAGCGGAAGAAGACGCUGUGGCGUCAAGAUGCAGGGACCAAGCCCGAGAGGAGCAGGCCACUGGGGCAAUCCGGACCCUGCGCAGCGAAAGAACCCCCCUUUCUCCGUUUCUAACAGUGCACUGAGUCUCCCCUGUACAUCGCAGACUUGCCUCCUGUCUGAAUGCUGGAACACCUCGAGGGGCGACUCUGCAAUACUCACCAGAAUUCCUACGUAUAUCCCAAUGCCAGUACAAGUGGACUCGAACAAUUUGCUGCUGUUGUUUCGCCACAAACGAGACUUUGGGAUCACCGCAGCCGUAAUUGCAGCCAUUGCAGCGUCUACGGCCACCGCAGCUGCCACAGCAAUAGCGCUAACAACAUCAGUACAAACUGCUGCAAUUCUCAACAACGUCACAGGACUGGUGGCCGAGGCUUUCGCAACACAAGACCAAAUCAAUGGACAUUUACAUGCAGGGAUUCUCAUUGUAAAUCAGAGAGUAUAUCUAGUACAAGAACAGGUUGAUAUCCUGGGGUCAUUAUUGGCUGUUGGAUGCAUAAGCAACAUGCCAGGACUCUGUGUUACCCCAGUAACUUAUAGUAAUUUAACUAUUGCGGCAAAUCUCUCCAAACAGCUGGGACAUAUGCUCAAUGGUACCUGGAAUCUCAAGUUCCAGAAUUUAACCCGACAGUUAAGAGCCCAAAUUGUCACCCUAAAUGCCACUAAGGUGCCCAUUGCCUCAGUCCAAGAUUGGCUUAACAUGCUGCAGCAAUCAGUCUCGUUCCUCAAACAAUGGGCUGGCCUGGGAGCCUUGGCCAUCCUGCUAGUGAUAGCCAAUGUAUUUAUGAUAUGCUGGUUUUGUAGCCUCGGUCGUCGACAGCGUCGACAGCAACAACUCAUGGCCCAGGCCAUGAUGGCUCUCGAGGCUGGUACCUCCCCCCAAGUAUGGCUAGGCAUGCUAGACCGGUAGUCAAAGACGGGUAAGACUGAUCCCACACCAUAGCAACCUAAGACAGGGGCCCCUUGACCAGGAGGAGUACCCAAUGAUGGGUAAGCAUGGGUAGUGAGGAUCGGCAACCUGAGACAGGCACGGUCUCAGCCAUCACAUAUAAAUAAAAUAAAAAAGGGGGAGCUGUCGGGAGCCACGCUGGCAGAACAAGAACAAGAUGGCGCAUGC